CUUAUUUCUUUAUUUUUGUUUCUUAUUUUAUUUUAUUAUAUUUAUUAGUAUUAAACAUCCUUAGCAUUUACAUUUUUAGUAAGUUUAUUGUAAGUGUGCAAUAUAGUUUAAGUUUAUUCUUGUUUAAUUUUUAUAUUCUGUGAUUCUUUAUUUAGCUUAAGUUUAUAUUUAUAUUUAUAUUUUGUGAAUUUGCAAGGGGGACCAGCAAAAUAAGCUUUUCAUUGUGCAGUGUGACUGUCUGUUUAUCUGUGCAUAUGACAAUAGAUAUCUUGAAUCUUGGAAUGUUUAGCUGGGAGUUCAGCAGCUCACAUCACAGAGUCGUAAAUCACAGGGUCAUAAAUACCUCUCCAACCCCCCACUCAAGACACACACACACACACACACUUUUUUACUUGUAAAUCUCUGAUUUUGCCAAUAAAGCUUAUUCUAAUUAUUUUUCUUUUAAAGGCCAGUUGCUGAAGGCAGCUGAGAUUAAGAAAGAUGCUGCCAUUCUUCUGCACAUCAACGACAAAGACUGUGUUGCUAUAGAGGUCCGGUACCAUAGGACCUGUUACAGACAGUACACCAGGUUCUUGUCACUGUCUACAGCAACGCACACUGCAACCAGAGAUGAAGAAAUACAACCCUUUGCUGACAGCUACAACCUCUUCUGUGACCAAGUGAUCCGUCAAAGGAUUAUAAUUGACAAAGAGGUGCUGAGAAUGGACAAGCUAAGGAAGUUGUUCGUGGACACCGUUAAGAAGCACGAAGAUCUUGAUGCUUCAGGCUACAGGAGGGAUAAACUGAAAAGAAGGUUGGUCCGUGAUUUCCCCCAGCUGGUUUUCCACUGCCCUCCCCAGCGCAACGUCUCUGAAAUGGUUUUUGUUGAGACAUUAUCGUUAGCAGACAGGGUACCUCUGCCAUCAGGCACAUCACCAUCAACUACCGAGUCAACUGAGGUGAGCCAAGCUGAAAGCCAAGCUGAAAGUGACAGUGAACACACGGCUAGUACAACAGCUGGUCAGAAUACCACGGAGAACACAAGGACACUUUACAGUGCAGGGCUGAUAUUGAAGCGCCUUCUAAGUGACUCUCCCGGUAUGAAAUGCCCGUGGCCUCCCACAGCAGAGGAUUUAAAUGUAUCUGAAGCUAAAUCUGUUGUGCCUGUUGAACUGUACAACUUCAUUGCCUGGAUUAUAGGUGCAACAGAAGAGCCAACACUAGCCUGUUAUGUUGAUGUUCCUGAUGAUGUGAAUCUAAAGGUUAUCUCUCUUUGUCAAGACAUUGUGUAUCUGGCAUCUAAAGGUCGAAAGCAGACACCCAAGUCAUUGUGUCUUGGUCUAACUGUUCGCCAUUUAACAGGUUCAUCAAAUGUUCUGUCACUGCUGAAUAGGUUAGGACAUUGUGCUUCACGGGACACAGUUGUCAGUCUUGACACUAGCCUUGCUCAGCUACAACUUUUAGAGGGUAGAAACAAAAUACCCAAGGGAUUCGCACAGAAGGCACCCACAAUACUGGUGUGGGACAACAUUGAUUUUGGGGAGGAGACACUGUCAGGUCAUGGAACUACUCACCACACAAAUGGCAUUAUGCUCCAAAGUUCUGUCACUGAAACUGUGUCGAGAACAGAGAGACAGCCACUACAGAAGGCAGUUAAAUCAUUCAAACCACCUCCUAGCUACCCCGUAGAACACUACCAACAGUCUAAAAGACACGGGCCACAGAACUUGAGUCACCAUGGAAGUGUUCCAUUGGAUGCAGAAACAUACAGGUUGAACACUGUAUCUGCUGCCAAAACUGAACUGGCAUAUGUUUCAGUAAAGUACACAGAUGCUGAAGCAUGCACAGUGCCAAGCUGGACAGGUUUCCAUACACUGCUCCAAAGUGGGGCCACUCUGCCAAAGUCAGCACUGUAUUAUCUUCCAGUCAUUGAGGCUUCACCGACGGAGAUGUCAACAGUUAACACGAUUUUGAAGCGAAGUGUUGAAAUUGCUGAUCAGCUAGCACUGGACCAUGUAGUGGUAGUUUUUGACCAGGCUAUAUAUGCCAAAGCUCAGCAAAUCCGCUGGAAGGACCAGGAAUUGACAAAACGCCUUGUGAUUAGACUUGGUGAGUUUCAUACUUGCAUGUCUUUCCUAGGGAUUAUAGGAAAAAGGUUUGGUGAUGCAGGACUGCAAGACAUACUCAUUGAGUCUGAAGUUGUUGCCCCAGGUUCCAUCAAUGGUGUGAUCAGUGGUCAUCAUUACAACCGCAGCAUGAGGGCACAGAAACUUAUGUAUGAGAGCCUGCAACGUGCCAGAUUCAGCACAUUCUUAGACUCUUUGACACCAGCGGGGAGAGAUGAGUGCAUGGCUGUCAUCAGUGAAAUCAAAGACACAUUCCCAGACAGAACAGUGGAUGUUUUGUGUGCAAACCAGAAAUUUGACCAAAUGUGUUCAAAGUAUGCUCUCUUUGUGGAAAAGAGAACUGCCGAAAACCCAACGUUUGCUUUCUGGAGUUCUUACAUUGACAUGGUGCAAAUACUCCUUCUGUUUGUGAGAGCUACACGAGAAUCAGACUGGCAGCUUCACCUGUCAACAGUGCGCUUGAUGAUGGCAUGGUUUUUUGCUUAUGAUCGUGUAAACUAUGCUAGGUAUUUGCCUACAUACUGGAUGGAAAUGGUCAACUUGCCUAUAACACACCCUUCUUGUCACAAAGACCUCAGUGUGAAAGGUCAGUGGACUGUUCAACGUCAAAGUGCCCAUGGAUUUGCCUCCAUUGCUUGUGACCAGGCUAUUGAGCAAACAUGCAACAGAGAUUCAAAGACAAAGGGUGGCUGGACAGGAAUAACUCUAAAUAGGGCUGCAGUGUCUCGCUGGAUAUUGUCACAACAUGAACGAGCUGCCAUAGCUAGACAAUGUGAGUCAAUGUCUGGAAAAUCCCCAGAAACACGAAGGCGAAAAGAUCUAGACCGCUCACGGAUUCAUGCCGAUGAAGAAGCUGUGACCAGAAUAAGUUCCACCAUUGAUUCCAUGCUGAACCCAUUUGACUUACACCAAGAUGGCAUUGUUUGUCUUAGCUCAGGGACAGUAGCAUCUGAAGGGGUCAAGAAGGAUUUGCUUGCAGCACCAGAAAGGGGGGAAGAAGCUGUCAAAGUCUUUAUUGACCAAAGACUGUUAACAAAAUCAGUCGACAUUUUUGCCCCCAUCAAGGCUCAAAAACUGAAGACCUUUAGUGACCAGGCAAAAACAAAGACAAGACUGCAGCAGCCAAAGAUGUCAUUCUGCGUGCAGACAAGAAACUUUUCUCCAGGCUACUCAUUAUUGGUCAAAGUAGAAAGGUAG